AUGGUAAACAAUGCAACAAUGUGUGCAGCUGGCAUGAACCCGGUGUUCUGGCUCCCUGUCGGAAAAAAACCCUGUAGGCGACCACUCUUCAUCUGCAAUGACAGAUAAAGUCAAAGAACUCGUGUCAAAGUGUCUGCAGGCCCGGGACAUGGCAUACUGUCCGUACAGCCGGUUCCCCGUCGGUGCCGCACUACUGACAGCAGAUGGCGCUAUAAUCACAGGCUGUAAUGUGGAGAACGCCUCCUACGGUCUGACAGUUUGUGCUGAGCGGACGGCCGUCCAGCGGGCCGUGGUGGAAGGACACAGACAGUUCACCGCCAUUGCUGUGACAUGUGAUAUCAAAGACAGUUUUGUUGGGCCAUGUGGAGCAUGUCGACAGGUUCUUAUGGAGUUUGGAUCAGACUGGAUUGUUUACUUGACCAAACCAGAUGGAUCAUACAAAGAAACCAGCCUCAGUGAACUGUUGCCACUUGCCUUUUCCCCAGCCCACCUUGCAAAGAACUGAUAAAGCCUCAUCGGCCUCUUUAGACAUCAAUUUUUUUAGCUGCAGUGUCUCUUGAAUUAUGUUAUUGUAUCACUACAAAUAAGGAAAACAAUAAAAACAUAUUUU